AUGGCUGAGCGUCAGGAGGUGAGUUCAUCUGAGGGGACACCUGCUUCAGACGCGUAUCCCAGGAAGAUACUGGAGUAUAUGGAAGGAUUCCUCAUCUCCAAGACGGUUUUCUCCUCCUGUGAGCUGGGUGUGUUUGAUGUGUUGCUGGCUGCAGAGCGCCCCCUGUCUGCUGAGGAGAUCAGUCAGGAGAUCGGAGCCAGUCUGGAUGGCACACAGAGACUGCUGGCUGCCUGCACUGGCCUGCAGCUCCUCAACACACACCAGGACAAUGGACAAGUAUUGUACAGUAACACAGAGCAGGCCAGUGUCUACCUGACCCGCUCCAGUCCGGUAUCCCUCUACCAGUCCAUCCAGUACAGCUCCAGAACCAUCUACCUCUGCUGGCACUACCUGACUGACGCUGUCAGAGAGGGAAGAAACCAGUAUGAAAAGGCUUUUGGAGUCAGCUCGAACGACCUGUUUCAAGCUCUCUACAGGUCUGAUGAGGAGAUGGUGAAGUUUAUGCAGUUAAUGAACUCCAUUUGGAACAUCUGUGGUAAAGACGUGGUCACGGCCUUUGACCUUUUGCCUUUCAACAUCAUCUGCGACCUUGGAGGCUGCAGUGGAGCAUUAGCCAAGCAGUGCACGUCAGCCUACCCAGAAUGCACAGUGACGAUCUUUGACCUCCCCAAGGUGGUGUAUACGUCGAGGGAACACUUUGUCACCGAGGCCAACCAGAGGAUUAGCUUCCACGAAGGGGACUUCUUCAAAGACCCCCUGCCAGAUGCUGACCUCUACAUCCUCGCCAGAAUCCUCCACGACUGGACAGACGAACGCUGCAUAGAGCUACUCAGUAAAGUCUACAAAGUCUGCAAGCCAGGAGGCGCUGUGUUGCUGGUGGAGGCGUUGCUCCAUGAGGAUGGCUCUGGCCCGGUGACAGUGCAACUCUACUCCCUGAACAUGCUGGUGCAGACGGAGGGCAGAGAGAGGACAGCUGCUCAGUACGCUUCCCUGCUGGCUGCCGCUGGCUUCACCGGCAUUCAGCACCGCCUCACAGGGAAGAUCUACGAUGCUGUGCUGGGACACAAAGAGACAUGAGACUGACAGAUAAGGCUAACUGUGUACCAGGACUGAAAACUCACACCUCCUUGAAAAUAAACUAUCUACUACUAGUGGACUAUUCUUGGAUUUCUUUUUAAAUGUCAAAAAGUUUCUUAAAAAAAAAAAAAAAAAAGGUUUCUCACUGCUUGACAAGACCACGUUCUCUAUCUGCUUUUUCAUUGCAUCUGUAAAACCUAUGAAAGAUUCAUAUAAACCAAAGCCCAUUUUUAUGGCUGCUCAGUUCUGGAUACUGUGUAUUCUGGAUAGUGCAUCAUUUUUAAUACAUUUCCUGUAAAUUAGCCACAUUAAUUGUCUUUUUAUCGGGGAGUUUUUUCUUAUCUACUUUAAGGGUCUGAGGACAGAUGGUGAUAUA